AGUCCGGAUAAAACACCACUCAAUUUGCUCCCUGGUCAGCUCUUCUGCAUUAUAACAGAAGCGACAUGUUAGACAAAUUCACAACGCAGACGGGAAAGAUGCCAGCUUUUUGCUUAGUUUUUAAGUCAGUCUAAGAGAGGGAUUUAAUUUGCGUUUGAUGGCGUUUGGACUUUCAGUUAUUGCAAGCUUGCGUAAAUUGUCUGGAGCGGUCGAGGAGAGAAAGAAGUGACCCGUGGCUACCAAAGGACGGGAGGAUAGGAGGAGUUAAAAAAGCGCCCAAAGGAAAACGAACGCAGGUUUGAUACAUAUGCUGUCGGUGCUUUUUCCCCACACAUUUUCCAACACUUGUAAUGCUGUAUUGGAGAAAUGUCGUUGGUGUACGCUGCGUAACACCCGGACUGCGUUCAUGUCUCAUGCCUCUAGAGGGAUCAGUUACUUUUCUUCAAGGGAACUGUGAGCAGAGCUGAGAUUUCACAGAGAAAGAAGGCAUUUGGAUAAAACUCAAUGCAUGAACAGUUACGAACGAUGGGGAAGUUUCACAACUCAGACCUCUGGAUAGCCUGGGUGGUCAUUUUCUUCAUGGAGGUGUGUGUGCAGGCACUGGAUGUGACAGUAUCCCAGAGCAGUAUCCAGGUGGCCCGUGGCCAAGCAGCCGUCCUGCCCUGCUCCUUUACCACCAGUGCUGCCCUCAACAACCUGAAUAUCAUCUGGAUGGUUAUACCACUGUCCAAUGCCAACCAGCCAGAACAGGUCAUAAUUUACCAGGGUGGCCAAGUGUUCAGCCUCGCCAAUCACCUGAAUGGCCGUGUGGGCUUUGUGGCCACCAUGCCGAGUACAAGUGCCUCCAUCUUCAUCAAUAACACCCAGCUGACUGACACUGGGACCUAUCAGUGCCUGGUCAACAACUUCCCAGACAGAGGGGGGCGCAACAUUGGCGUCAUUGGGCUCACCGUGCUAGUGCCCCCCUCAAAGCCAGCAUGUCAAAUCCAAGGCACACUGGAUAUAGGCAGCGACAUCAUGCUAAUCUGCAGUUCAGAAGAAGGCAUUCCCACACCGUCCUACUCCUGGGAGAAGCUGGAUUCUCUGCCCAAACUGCCGCACAACGCCAUGCAAGAUCAGAUGCAAGGCACUGUCUCACUGAGAAACAUCAGCACCAGCACAUCAGGACUCUACCAAUGUACCUCCAGCAAUGCAAUUGGCAAGAGCACCUGUCUGCUCAACCUGCAAGUUGUAGCACCUCAGCCUCAGAGUAUCGGGCUGAUAGCAGGGACCAUUGCUACAGGAGUCCUCGCUGUCAUCAUUUGUUUCCUGAUAGUUGCAGUCACACUCUUCUACUGGAAAAACAAGAACAAAUAUGAUGAGGAGGAGAUACCAAAUGAGAUCAGAGAAGAUGACCUUCCUCCGAAGAGGUCGUCUUCAGUAAAGGCUUUCCAUGCAGACGCCUCAUCUUCAGAAAAUGAUACUUUGACAUCUACCAACACAUACAACAGCCGCUACUGGCACAACCCCAAGCCCAACUAUGACACCAACUCGUAUACACGCUACAAUGGAGACACUCGCCAUACCUUUUCUACCCAUGCUCAUGGACAAGGCCAGGGACAGGGGCAGGGGCAGGGGCAGAGCACAGGACACAGCCACAGUACUGUUGUCACAGCACCAGGUUCAGCCCCACUAUCCCGCCAUAUGCAGCCCGCAACAGCAACAAUUACUUCAUUUGCCAAUGGCAGCCACACACUACCGCCACCAAAGACUUUGGUUGUCACCACAAACUCUGCCCCUUCUCCGCCUACUAUUGUGCGCAGCAAUGGCUCUGUGAGCCUAAAACCUGUGGUACCUUCCCCACAUGGGCAACACACACACUCCUAUGCGGUGAGCCAAGCUACACUGGAGCGGAUGGGGGCAGUGCCCGUCAUGGUGCCUGCCCAGAGCAGAGCAGGUUCCCUGGUCUGAAGUCUGAUUCCCUCUACUGUUAUCUCAGACAAAAAACUAAUUCAUAUUGUGACUUUGUGGAGUUCACCGCUGAUAAACAGACUAAACAUGAAGCAAUCGACCAGCUGCCCUUUCACCACUGUAACUUUGGAUAAAUCCUAAACUGGUAUUUUGAAGUGAAGAGUUUAUUAAAACACUUGCUCAUUGAACCCUUCAUGGACAAAGCAGGACUUGGGAUUUAAUUUUUUCUUGGAUUAAUUUCCCUGGCAUGUGGUCGGAACUACUUUUAACCCCUUGGAUGUUUUGACAAAGUACAUUUUUCUUCAGAACCAUCAUUUUUCUUAGCUGGCUCAGUGUGAUCAUCAUUUUUGUUUGUUUGUUUUUUUGUUUGUUUUUUGGACUCAAAGCAAUCUGUUUUAAUCUUAGAGUGUCAAUUCAACAUAGUGAGACAGAAACAAGCAUGUCAUAUACAUGUAUUUGUCCCUUGUUUUAGAAUAACAAAUUAAGACAAAAAUAUUUCCAAUGAUUUGAUAAUUAAUAUAAUUGACUGUACUAAAACCGACAACAUUAUAGAACUCUGAAGAGAGAAGAGAGUACAAUAAUAUAACUAUGUCAAGUAGGCCAAGAGAGAAGGGUAAUAUUGGUCACAAUACAUUGCAUAGUAUAUUGUGCUUCACUUCAUGCACUUUUCUUUUUGGUUAUGCCACCAUGGAACUGCUGUCUUAUGAGCAAUAUUUUUCACCUAUUCCGCAAAAACAAGUUUUUUUCUCAAUGCACAAAUUACAGUCAGCAUACGACAAUCUACAAAGCUUUGUAUUUUGAAAGAAAAACUACACAACACUUUUCUAAAUAGACAGCUAUCAUUCACUUAAUGACCAGACUAGACUUCAACUCUCUGGUGUUUGUCAAAAGUCUUUACUGUGUUUUUCCUUGCUGUUGUUUGAGACACAUGAUACUGCUUUGCGAUGAAGUUGUUGUAAAUGCUAACAUGGUGUGACGGCUAACGUGAUGAUAGGAAUCAACCCAACAAAUAUUGCAACAAGAACUGGACAUGGGGCACCUGCUCUUCCAACUGAGCUCAAAUAUUUUCAACACAUAUUGUAACAAUAGGCUAAAAUUUUAAUUUGAUCAUGUCUGAAUGAAAACAUAUAUGACAACUCACUUGUCUUAAUUUUAAUUUAUUUGUAACAAUGUCUUACAACGUGUUACAAAGUCUGUUACGGGACUGUUCUAAUGUUUUGAAUUUUUCAAUCCUCAGUCAUUAUUGUGCAUUAUCUAAAAAGACAGAACAAAUAACUUCUUGUUAUUCCAUCAUGCAGCAUAAAUAAUUUUUUCAGAGUUUGAAGAUGCACUGUUUUGGCAUUCAAAGUCUUAUUUAAUUUAUUUAACUUAUUUAACAUGUGCUAACUAAUCCAUCUUUAACCUGAAACAGACUCAUGGUAAAUCGUGUCCAAAUGACUUCCCUGACUCCAGGAUUACUUUUUGUUUGCAAGAGUCAUAAGAUUUAUGUCUUAAUCCAUUUUCCUUAAAGGCAGACGAUCCAGUCGCAGUCCAGAAAAAAUGCCAUCCUUUGCAGCUAAUUUUAUGUACUUAAAUCAUAAAUUAUCUGACUUCCUCUUAAUCCAAACAAGUAUUUUGAAAACAUUGGCAAGAACUACUCGCUGCUGCACUGUUGUGCUGCUGAUGUCAUCCCUUAAAUUUACACUAUGGUGGUUUCAUGACAGCAGAACAGCUUAAAAAGUGGUUUGAUUGUUUGUUUGUCUAUUUCUGUUUGUCUGUAAAGGGUAAUGUGGGCCUACUGGUACUGAUUUGCCGGUCAAAAAUGAAUCUUUUUUACAGAGAAGGCAAGCCUGAGUUACUUCUAGUGUUGAAUAACCUUUUAUUAUUUUACCCUUCUAUCAGGUACUACAGUUUGUCACAGUUUUGUUCAUCUUUGUACAUUUAAACCCCUCUAUGCAAAAUUUCAGAACCAUUAUUCCAGAAAAGUUGGGACACUGUAUAACAUUUUAAUAAAACAUAAAUUGAUGGUUUGCAAAUCAUUUCAACCCUAUAUUUAGUUGUAGUGUAGUGUUAAUACAAGAUAUCAAAUGAUGAAACUGAAAAAAAAUAUUUUUCUAUCAAAAUGAAAUGCUCAUUUUGAAUUUGAUGCCAUUAACACAUUUUAACAAAAGUUGGGACAAGGGAAUAUUUACAAUUCUGUUCGCAUCACCUCCUAAACAAGCAUUUAACAACUCUGUAAAUUUUCUUUUAACCAAGUUCCUGGAAUUUUUUUAAAGUCAAAGGUUGUCCUAUACUGAUAUUGGAUUUCAGCUGCUCAACAGUUUGGGUCUGCUUUAUCAUAUUUUUUGUUUUAUGAGAAGUUGAGACUGCAAUAAGACAGCUGUAAUACCAGCAGAAUGUGCAAGGUCUUCCCGGAAACAGGCAUCGUUAACAUGGCAGUAUAUGUUGCUCCAUAUUGUCCAGCUUCAAUGGUGCUUUCCUCUUUUUAGACUUUAGUUAUCUUUAUUACAUUUAUUUCAUUUUCACUUUCAUAUUUCAAUUUGAUAUUUCUCAAUUUAAAAACACAUUAUGCACCUUUAGAGACGGCAUAGUAGCUUGCGAGAUGAUUUUUGCGCAGAAGUGGAAUGUAGUCAAAUAUCAUUCAAUAAUCAAUAACCCCAUCAUCUCACAGAGAAACAGCACGCAAGCUAGACUACAGUUUUCUGCAGAUUUUUCCACAUAAUUUGGCUAAUUUUGAAAGACACCAACUGGAGCACGCAGUUUAGGUGUAAACUCUACUGUGAAUUAUUUUCAGCACUUUACUUUAUCACCAGAAAUCCUAUUUGGUUUAGGACACAACACAGACAUACUCUUCCGCUUGCAGCCCACUGGUCAGCUGUUCAGGUCUGCAGGCUUCAAAGAGACAAAAGUACAACUAAACUAAAUAAUGAGUGAUUCUACACCCAACAGGCAGAGACAGUAGACCGUAUAAGAGUAACAUGUAUAAAAUAAACUAAAGGCAGGAUGUAGUUAGAAGGUUACAAUCAGCACACACAAUAUAAUAGCGGGGAUAUCGACAGAGCAGAAAAUUAUUUAUCGUUUUUUUUAAAGGUUGACUGGACUCCAGACUCUGAUUGGACUAGUGCGUGACAUAAAGUGAAACCAUAGUGGAGCAGUAAAUGCAGCUAAAUGAAUGCCAACUUCUGUAAAAUACCAAAGAAGAAGAAGAAAAUGAGUGUUUAUGACUGCGCCGAUGACGUGACGUCUACUGCGUACACAUGUGGACACCUUCAUGAGCUGGAGUUUUAGGAGGAAAAGGUGAUUUAAUGCACCAGAGUAAAAAGUGGAAAAUUGGCAUCCAUUGUGGCUAGUACAAUAACUAGUGACAUACAACUCACAUCCUUUUAAUAAUCAAUUAGAUGCACGAAUAACUACAUCUUUAGAGUAAUUUAUAUUCUCUUCUUGGUUGUACUUAAAGAUGAAUCCCUUAAAAAAAAGGACACACUUUACAGAGGUACAGAUGUUCUUAAGCUCACAAUCUGCACUGGGAACCAAAUGCAGAACAAGUCCAUUUUGUAGUUGUCUUGCAGUUCCCACUCCCAACCUAUCACUCCCUGACCAGCUCUAUGGCCGGAUAUCAGGCUUCACAGGCUGAGUUUUUUUUUAGAACUUAACAUUAACACAGGAUUUUUGGAUGUGAUGUUGAGCCAACGUGAGUGAUUUCAAAUACAGAGUCUAUUUAGAUGCAGUGCCACCUGAGGGCCUAUCGCCCUUGUUCCUUUUGUGGAGAUUUCUUAAAAUUUGCUGAAAUGUUGCUGAUUUAUAAAAUGAUCAUGUAUUUUUCAUCAAACAAUGACAUUUUUCAGUCCCAAUAUUUGAUAUGUUAUCUUUGAACUCAUUUCAAUCAAAUAUAGGGUUUCAAUGAUUUGCAAUCUAUCGAAAUCAGUUUUAUCAACAGUUUACACAGCGUCCCAACUUUUUUGGAAUUGGGGUUGUACUUCGGGGCUUAGCUGUAGUCAUUUGGUCAAGUCCAGCUGUAACAUAUUCACAAACAUUUCAGACUGGUGUAACUUUCAUUUUUAAUUCAGUUUGCACAAGCCGUGACAGGGGAAAAAGUGCACAAUCCCCAGACAACUACUGACAUUGACCUAAGAUAAAUUAACAUCUCAUGUUCUAUCCUGAUGAUUGGUUGGUGGGUGGUACACCUGCUGGUAUAUGGACUGUGUGUGUACAUGAAUAACGACAUGUAAUAUAUUGUUGAUUGUAAAUAUGUAAACAGAACACUAAGGGAUGUCUCUUGGUGUGGGGUUCAAAUUAAAUAGGAAAAUAACACUGGAACUUGUAAUGAAUAAAUAUAUUGAUACAGUCUA